CCUAGUUGGAUUCUUUCAUACUGUUAGAAGACCAGACGGCUGCAGCUUUUAACAACUUUUUGAGUUUAGUACAAAUGUUUCGUAUUCAUACCAGUUGUCUUCUUCACCAACUUUUCUUGAAGCAGUCUUCAAAAACUUGCAAAAACCUACUCAAAUGUGUCAAACUCUUUCUAUCCAUGUAAUAAAGGUAGACCUCUCCUUUGUUUAUAACUCAGCUUUAUCACUAACCAUGGAUUUGAUAAAACUGGUCAUUCAAUCCAAUCGAUAAGAUUUUUUCAACAAUGAGGACGGAGCAGGGGGCUCCCACAUGUCGACAGGGGACGCACUCGGUGGGAUAUAUUUUGGAUUCCUGGAAGGAGUGGAAGAUCAUAUGCCUCUCCCAGCUGUCCAUUGAGGACAUCGAAGAUGUGUGGAUAUUUGGUCUGUUGAUCACUGGAUUUCUCCUGAUUGGAGUGGGAGGAUAUUUGAUUGGAGGGCGACCCGCACCCACGGAAAGCACCGUCUGUGUGGAGACUUCUCAGACUGGGUCGUUACUCGAAGUGAAUCGUAAGCUGGACAAUGUUCUAGCUGUGAUACCGGUAUUAGUGCACAAAAUGGAUGUCAUCUCGGAGAGAGUCACCGGACGGUAUGGCGAAGUUUAAAACCCAAAAUUGGCUUCACUGAAGGACUGGAAAUGAUCAGUUUAAAGACUGAAGGCAGAGAGGAAAAUUAUCUCAGCCUGACCCAAACAAAUUCUUGUUAUCUGAAUCUGACGCCCUGGUAGCCUUGAGCUGCAAGCAACUAAAACCCCCACGAAGGAAUGCAGACAGAUGCUGUGAAAACCCGACCCCCCCCCCCCCUCCUUUGGAUUGGUGGACUUCAGCCUGGCGAGGUCAUCAGCUGGAGGAGUCAAUGUGCUCUUCGCUUCUCCCAAGAUCUCCCUCCCACCUGUGACUGUACAGUAGAUGAGUGCCUUAGAUGGCUGCUCUCGCUGGGGGAAACAGGAUCCCAGCCCCCCUGCCUUCAUAUUGGAGUCUCAUGUUGUGACUGUUGAUGUUUGUGCUUAUAUGUUUGAGGUGGUUUUUUUUUACAUAGCAAAGCGACACCCUGUCGGGAGUAACUCUGGAAUGCCUUUUUUCCCUCCCCAAUUUAUCCUCAUGUAAUCCCCUUUUCAUCUAAAUGAAAUGAGCGCCGUUCAUGGCUGCUCUCGUGGUCUGCCUGUAUCUAUUUUGUCUACAUGUGUGUGUGUGUGUGUAACCUUGGUCAGGCUGUACUGCAGAGUCAAAUUCCUAUGCUUCGGGUCGCUGGAGCACUGGCAAUAAAGCUUUCUGAUUCAGAUUCUGAUUCUAUUGAUAUCACACUGUGACUCAUGCCGUCAGCUGAAAGAGAAAAAUGAAUAUUACAGGGAGUGUCUGCAUGCAAGCUCUACCAGGGUGUGGUCUUUAAUUUGAAUGGGCAGGUGUUGACUUGUACUUUAAAUUGUAUUCACCUGCUUCUUCCUCCUUCCAGUUUAUGACUUCAGAAAGCGCAUAUCUUGCAUGUUGUUGCACUACAAUCAGGUUAAACAGUUUUAAGUAGUACUUAGCGGUAAUCUUAAAUCUUUUAUGUCAGGAUUUUAAGCUGGUUUAUUUGCACUCUUUGAAAUUUAGUGUGGUUCUUCUCAUCUUCCUGUUAUCCUCUGAUCUCUGCUCAGCUUCUCCCCCGUGGUCUGAAUCUGUUACCAUCUCAGCCGUUCCUCAGUAUUCACCUUUAUUAGCCAUAUCUAUUAAUUUUCUUGGCUCAAAGUCACUUCCUCUCAUUUGCCAAACCCAUCUCUUCCUGAAACAUGUAGUGAAUAAGUCUUUUGUUCCUGUCAUACAUGCCCUUUUCCUGGUCAAGUUAUGGGUCAUUUAAUUAAACCCUGUUUGAAAUUAUUACCAGCCUGCUGCUGUGUUCUACUUCAUUGCUGGGUCCUGCCUACCCUGGCUAUCAUUACUGUUAGAAGUUAGAACACGUUUGUGUUGGGGGCUAAAAAUGUUAAAAUAUUAAAAUGUAAUGAAUGUUUGAAUGUGUUGAUGGCUGUAAAUGUUGUGGUGGUGCUCAAUUUAAAUAAAAUAUGUGGAGCUGAUGUGUUGUGAGCAUGAGAUACUUCUGGAUAUAUUGCAACCUAUGCAACAUAGUUAAACAAACAGGGUAAAAUACCAUAAAAAUGAUCAAGUCUUUAAACUGGUGUGUUAUACCUUUUAAAACAACGAUUUAAAAGGUAGCUGGGCACAAAAACAAGUUGGGAGUCUUGAAACAAAUGUAGGCGUGUCUAUUGGUGCAUGAGUAAUGAGGAGGCGGAACAUAAAUGAAAAUGAAACUUACUCAUCAGAGCACAUCUCAGAAAAGAGACACACACAGAGGAGCAGAGCCUAAAAUGAAUGCAUACCAGUAUCCGUUAUUCUUUGAGGCAAGAGAUCUGACAGACAGGGAGAAGAGGAAGAUCUGGAGACACUUUCAAAGAAGAAGAGACUCUGGAGGAGGCGAAUGUUCAGUGAUCGAAAAGGUUGAAGACGAUGUCUACAAAGUCAGUUUUCAGGAAAGCCAAGACCAGCAGAGAGUUUUGCAGAGGAAGACUCAUACCAUUUCUCUUCCUGGUGGAGUACUACGGCUAACCAUGAGAGAAACCAGUUUGUCCCAGGGUCAGCCACUGGCAGGCCAACAUGAAGCCGUCACUGACCCAAACGCAAGAUGUCUUGAAAAAAAAUUCAAACCAGAAGUUUUUCUUCUGUACUACUUGAGAGACAACCCAAAGGCCUUUAAAAUAUUUCAGAAGCAACUGUCUUCAGUCGGCUGCACUUUGGAGUUAAACUGUAAGCAAGAGGAGGCAGUGGUUCAAUGUGAUGUUGAGAAGGGGGCAGCAAGAGCUUUUACCGACAUAGCAGACAAAUGGGAGCUUCAUGUGGAUCGGAUCUUCUUCCGUCUUACUGCGAACUACCUCUGCCAUUAUGUUCGUGAACCCAUACUAAUCGAAAAACUUCGGCUGGAUCGUUCUUUUGUGUCUGAUGACAUCAAAGUGUACAAAGAGAGUGAUUAUGCUGUGGUGGUGGUAGGAGAGACUGAAGCUGUAAAGGAGAAGAUUGCAAUUCUGGAAAAAUUCCUGCCGAUCCAGAAGGAACUGCCAGUUGUGGAACGGAAGUUCAAACUGGUUGAAGAUGAGUUCAAACAAGAGAUGAGUACUCGUUAUCCAGAUGUUAAAGUCAGUAGAGGUACUUCUAACAGCAUCAUCUUAGAGGGGCCUGAUGAGGGCGUACAAUCAGGAGCUGCUAAACUUGACGAACUGAUAAAAAAGAUAAAAGAAAAGAAAGUUCGGCUUAAUACAGAAAUAUUAAUCUUUAUAACGACCAGUGGCUUUGCCUCCAAAUAUCAAGAUCUGUUUCUGCAGAAUCUGAGGUGUCCUGUUUCUCUGGACAUAGGAUCAGAACUGCUACUGUCCAGUUUGUUCUCUGAUGUUCUGUAUGAAGCUGAGGAAACUGUGCUGAGAGACCUGAGUGAGGCCAGCAUACAGCUUCAUGGUGCUGCAGCUGUGCCUCCAGACCUGACCAGAGUGAAGGAAAUGCUCCAGAAAGCAAAGAAUGAAGCAAACCGUGGAGAGUUCAGAGUGGAUGUUCGCUUCAUCUCUUCAUCCAGUGGAACUCCAACAACCCAAGUACAGCUGGUGGGCUACACUGAACAAGUCAACAAGCUCAAAGACCUUCUUCAUGAUUACCAGACUAAUCAGAUUUUGACUCAAGAAUUAAUAAACCUGCAGUUUCCUGAAAUGGUGGACUACUUUGACAAAAUCUUAAAGAUGGUCGGCAUGAAACAGACCAAAGUGAUUCUGAAAGUCUCCCAUUUUCCAAAUCCGUUUGUGCUCUUGUCUGGUCCUCUUCAUCUGGUUAAGGAGACCCAACAGGCACUUUCAUCUGCUCUGGCCAGUCUGACAUUAGACACCUUGGUUCUGGAUGGACCAGGGGCUCAGCGCUACUUCCAGGGAGACGGUAAAGUGAGCAAGGAGCUGGUUGAAAGUUCCUUUCUUGUUCUAAUCUGGCAGCAAGAUGUUUACUCAAAAUUUGGGACAAUCAACCAAGGAAGCAUCAACAGGCCCAGCAGCUGCACACCCAGAAGUCACUUUAACGCUCUUGGAGAAAUGAAUAAAAUGAAUCUGGAGAUCAAGAUUUGCAGUUUAGAAGAUGAGCAGGUGAAUGUUUUGGUGGCUCCCAUGCUCAACCAGCAACUAGCUUCUACCAAUAUUGGCACCUGUUUGCUUCAAAAAGGAGGGAGCAUAAUCCAAUCAAAUUUUAACUCAAAGGCAGCAAUUUGUACCCUCGUUCCUGGUGACAUUCUUGAGGUUGAUGCCAGUUCAUCUCUGAGAUGUUCAAAGAUCUUCUUCAUAGAGUGCAUGCCUUGGGAUGGAUUCACAGAAGGAAGUGUGCAGGCCCUUGGUAAUGGACUGAGAAGGUGUCUGGACCUGUGUGUACAGCAAGGCUUUAGUUCAGUAGCCAUACCUAUUAUUGGACCUGGAGCUGUCUUCAACUACUCCCUGAGUAAAGCUGUUCAAGUGCUGACAGAAACCAUCUAUGAGUUUGGGUUGUCUUCAGGCUCUGGGUCUCUCAUCAGCAUCCACAUUGUCAUUAAACCAGGGCAUCCUGAUUCUGAAGAGUGCUACCAUGAGGUGUACAACUGUCUCCGCUUUUAUAUGAACAGGGUAGGCCAAGCCCUCUUUAGGCCCCUCACCACUGACCUGGAUGAUGCUGAUAUAAUUGUAGGAGGAAGGACUAAACUAAAGCUGGUUUUUGGUGACAUUGCCAAUGAGACUACAGAUGCUGUGGUAAAUACGACAGACUUCAAGAAUUUUUAUGCUGAAGGUGUGUGUAGAGAUAUCUUAAAUAAAGCUGGAAGAGAAGUGGAGGCAAAGCUAAAAGCAGCAAAGCUUAACCAAGGAGCCAUUUUAGAAUCCAAACCUGGAUUGUUUCCAUGUAAAGCUCUUCUGCAUGUGCGUGGAGAAAAUGAUGCAGGUGCUGUUGAGCAACUCGUGUGUGACAUUAUUAAAUGUUGUGAAGACAAUGGAUUUACGUCUGUAGCAAUGCCUGCUAUUCGUGCUGGAGCUGGAGGGAUGGACCCUGUUGUUGUAGCAGGUGCGAUCCUCAGAGGCAUUAAAGUUGGCACCUCAUCCACUAUUCUUCACAGACUUGCCACCAUCCGCCUUGUCCUGAGAAAUAUGGACCUCUUCUUGACUUUUAAACAUCAAGCAAUGCAGAUGUUUUCUCCUUUAACACAAGUGUCACAGCAACUGCCUCGGGUACAACAGUCACAAGUGUCUGGCAUCCUUAAUACCAGCAUUGCAGGUCAGCAGUCUGCCUUCCAGUUCCUCGGCCUAUCCAGAAAGAAUGUUGAUGAUGCCAUGGAAAGGUUCAGUGAACUUUAUGACACACAGUGCUCCAAUCACAACUUUAACAAAGAGGAUCUCAUGGAUUUAAUGACAGAAGAUGUGUUGGGUCUGCAGCAAUUGGUAGAAACUGAAGGUCUUUGUGUGCAACUGGACCCAUCUGGCAACCUAACAGUAAGUGGUUUAAAAGAUGGGGUCAGUAAGAUGGUUAUGCUCAUGCAUGACAUAUUCAUGAGAACCAAAGAGGAGAACAACUUGUACACACGGGUGGCAUGGUGCAUCAUGGGACAAAAUGGAAACUGGGAAAGGCUUCCCAAAACUUCAAACUACAAACUGGAAAAGCAGGAUAUAAAAGGAGGAAUACAGGAUGCACGGGGGGUCUUAUGGCAAGUGGAUCUGAAGGAGAGGAAGGGUACAUCGCAUGCACUUGGACAGAGUAUCCUGAAACGAGUUGAACAUCUGGAUGAUUUUACCUUCCCUCUUUACUGGGACAGUAUGGCUCCAGGUGAGGUCAUGAAGGUUGUAACCUUGCAACCACAUUCUCAAGAGUACCAAACAGUGGAGAGAGACUUCAAACAAACUGCUCACAAAAAAAUAAGAAAGAUUGAGCGUUUGCAGAACAUCCAUCUACGUCGUGCCUAUGAGGCUCAGAAGAAGCAGUUAUCUGAUAAAAACAAAAACCAAGGUGGGGAAGGAGAAAAGCUUCUGUACCAUGGAACAACAAGAGAAAGCUCUGAUUCAAUCAUGAAAACUGGGUUCAACAGACGGUUUGCUGGGCAAAAUGCAACAGCAUAUGGUAAAGGAACCUAUUUUGCUGUAAAAGCCAGCUACUCUGCCAGCACCACUUACUCCAGACCAGCGGCUGACGGUUUUCAGAGAAUGUUUUUGGCCAAAGUCCUGACUGGCAUGUUCACUCAGGGCCAACAUGGCAUGAAGGUUCCUCCACCACUGGACGACCGACAGCCCAGCAGUCGUUACGACAGUGUGGUGGAUAACAUCAGCAGUCCCGGGAUGUUUAUUGUCUUCCAUGAUGACCAGGCCUACCCAGACUACCUCAUUACAUUCAACUGAAAGGUUUGUUAAGUUUUAAAAGACGUUACCUUGAACAUAAAAAUACAUUAGGUUUUUGGAAAAUUCAUAUGAAAUGAAAAAAAAGAACCAUACUUGUGGAAAGCAUAAAAAUAAAACAAGACAUAUGCUAAAUGUGUUUUAAAGUGGAAGGUAAUAAUGUUUGUGUAAAUUACAAAUUUAUUUUUGCCAAGUUUAGAAAGAUGUGAAUAAUGCUGAGUCAUCAAGACAUAACAUUUUUGUUAAACGAUUGAACUACCAGUUCUUUUCAUCGACACAAAAACAUUAAUAAAACAUCAUUUCUCUCACAUUUUCUUACAAAACAUAAGGACGAUUAUAAAAUACUAUGGUAGCUCCUCUUUUAUCUGCUUGAGAUAAAUAUUUGUUCCUAUACUUAAAUUUUUUAUAUCUUUAUCUUUAAUUCCGAUUAAAUUCUGUUGUAUUUUCUGUGUUUAUGAUGACUCUGAUUUUUAUACAUUUUCCCCCCACUAUGGCUUAAUUCUGACACAUUCAUUUUGUGCACAAUGUUUUGGGGCCAGAGGUCCUUCAUGUUUAAAACGUUUUGUCCAGUUUUUACCUAUAUUGAGCUAUGACUAUGCAAAAGGUGCUCUAUAAAUAAAUUUACUUUACUAACUGAAAUGGACAGUUUUGCUAACAUUUUGGUGUGCUGACUGUUAUACCUUGAUUGUAUGUUUUUUCUUUGUCUAAGCAACUCUGACUUUUGGUGGCAAUUUGAAAU